GCUGGGUAUUUCAAGCUGACAGGCACCGCCGAUCCCCCAAGGAUUGCUCAUAUGACUUCAACCUCCCUAACCCCCUUUUGUUAGGUCGCCAUAUCCUACCUCCACCCUUCUUUUACGCAAUGGCAUCCAGCUUGGGCAGUGCCAGUGAUACACCGUAUGCGACAAGCCCGGUGGGCGCGGCAAGCGAGCAGCAACAGCAGUCACACUUGCUGGCUUCUGCUGACCCAGAGAGCGGCCCAGUCGCUGCCAAGGGCGCGAAGGGACCAAGGAGGCCUUACCGACCGGGAUCUUUCCUCUCGCGCAAUCGGUACGCAUCGCCUGCCACUACUAUCUCAGCCGUAUCUUCUUCAACACUCAGCUCUAAUGAUACCCGAGGACUAGAUCCGUCCACACUGCCUCCGCCUCAGGGGCUUUACUCACGACCCUCUGCAGCCUCUAGCGGGGGCACACUAACUAACACCUCUUCGGCUGUGUCUGGGACGGCAUCGCCCACGGCGGCAUUCGGAGAUAGGACGUAGCCUUGGCAGCAGUGAGGGAUCCCCCGGAGCGGAUGGGUGGCGGACACCGGCCUACUCAUCAGCUCCAUGUCAUGCCCAGUACAUGCAUCUGGGGCCAGAGGACGAUGACUGGUUGCACGAGGUCAAGAGCGAGUGGAAGGAUCACAAGAGAUACUAUGUGGGCAUUGACCAGCGCGCGUGCUGUCUGCGUGGCUUCCGAGGC